AUGGCAGGAUUAGACUUCAACAACUUAGACCUAUACUUGAAUGGUAAUGACGAGCAUUUGUCUGCUUAAAAAGAGCAAGACUCUCUAAAUAUAGCUUCAUUGAUGAAUGAUAUUAACAAUAUUAGAGUUACUUAGCAAAGUUAUGGCAUGCCAGCAAUUGGUGAUCUAUUCAGAGCUAAGCCAGAGGAUAUUCAAGAAAGCAUCAAUUCAAUAUUUUACAUGCUUAAGCAAAGAGUUGCUGAUUUAGACUUUAGAUAAGAAGCUAGAUAGAAGUGGAGUAAACUUGAAAAUGAUAAGCAGGAAUUUGUUGAUUAGAAUAAUAGACUUAAGCAAAAGAUAGAGCAGCUAUAGAGUGAGCUUAAGGAUGCCAAGAUUCAGAUCUAAAAUCAAGAUUAGAAAUUUAGACAAGAGAAGGACAAAUUUGCACUUGAAAGGGAGAAUAUGCUGAAAGAUAACUAAAGGCUCUUGAAUAAACAGACUGCAUUCUAGCAUGAAUUGAACAUUUGGCAAAAAGCAAAUAAAGUUUAAAUCAAUGGGUAAAUGGAAAAUAAAGAGAAUGCACCUCUACCUAAUAAUGAGAUAAAAUUCAGUAGAAUAGGUGGCGAUAGUGAUUUUAAUCUUAUGAUAGCCAAGAAUUAGGAAGAAAUCCAAAGAAAGCUUUGCGAUGAAAACGCUUAGCUAAAAGAAUGUUUGAAGCAACUGUAAAGAGAGUUAUUUGACAUUGUGGAUAUUAAAACUGAAAUUUAUCUUAAAAGAUAUAGAUCUGAAUUCCCUUAGUCUUCAAAUGGUCCUGACUAUGAUAACGAAGAAGUCAUUCGCAAUGAAAUUGAAAGAAUAAGAGAGGAGCUAUUUAAUCUACCAUUCUAAGAGUCAGGACAGGAGAUCAUAGCCAAGUUCCAAAAUAAUUUUACAAAGCUUAAGGACUUUAUGGAGAAAAUUGAUAAGGAAGUUGCCUAGCUUAGUGUGUUUAACGAGAAAAAUGACACUAGCUAUGAUGAUGUGACAAGCAAGUUUAGUGGCAUUACAAGCAUUUAACAGUUAAAACUACUGCUUAGAAAUUAUGACGCUUUAGUUGAGGGACAGCAUUAAUUGCUUAACUAAUCAAUCACUAAAAUGGCUAAGAUACCUCCACCUGAUGAAAUCAGUUCUACUUUCAACAGAUUCUAAAUCCUCAAGGACUCUGAGUUAGAUGAAAUGAGGAAUUUCCUUAAUGAAAAUAAGUCAGUAAUGUAAUAGUAGUACAAAGACUUUGAGCUGGAAAAGAAAUCAUUUGAUGAGAUGACUAAUAGAAUGGAGCAUGAGAAACAGAAAAUCAGUGAGGAAAGGGAAAGAAUUGAGGCUGAGGUGAGGAAAAUAAAAGAGCUAAAUCAGCACAUCCAAUCCUAACUGUUUGUCUCAAAGUGA